CUGUGUGUGUCUCCUGGCGGAAAUGAAUGUUUAAAGCGUUCCUUAUUUUGAGGGUUGGUUUCCUGCCUUGAAGAACUCAUGCAGAGUUAUGGCUUGAAACACUAUGGAACUUCGAAAGGAACACAGACUCUCCAGCAGGUGUUCAUAUGGGUUAAAAUGUGUGCAUGCAGAAAGGCCAUGCAUCCUACAGCAACUUAGCCAUGGAGAGCAAUAAGAAGAAGCACACCACAACUGCUUCAGUCACUGCAAUGAAUGGGGACACUAUUCAGCCUGAAAGUUCAUCUGUCCCACAAGGCUGGAAUGAGUUCUGCAAACUCCACGCUAUCUCCACGGCAAGGGAGUUGGCAAAGCAGUAUUGGUUAUUUGCUAACCAGAAUCCACAACAUGACAUUCUGGCAGCAGAGAUCUUCUCAUUGCAUUUUACAGAUCUUUUCCAGCAGUAUUUCAGGAACGAGGUGAGGGAGAGCUGGGGUAUGGACCAAUACAGAUUUUUCCCCUUCAGCAGAGUCAAAGAUUAUAGAGAGACAGGUAGGAGGCCAUCAGAUGAUCCUUCCAGUACGGUUGCAGCAAAGGUGGAGGUAGAAUUUACAGCACAACACGAACAUACAGAUCAGACUGUUUCUGACACUUCUGUACAACUUGCACCCAAAACAUGGAGUUCUGAAGAACUUCGACCACGCAGCAGUUCCCCAGCUGCAAGACCCUUUAUCCGAUUUACCCUAGCCCAGUUCAGGAGAAGCAUUAGAAAUAUAUUCCGUAGAAAGUCGACAGAUUGUACUCCUCCUGAGACCAGGGAAGCAGAGACAGACUCAACAGAGCCACCAACCUGGCAAGGCUUGCAUAAACGGAUUUUGCCUUGGACUAUUACACGGGAGCCGGCAACUGAAAUUCGCAAGGAAGGCCAGUUAAACUACAGCAUGGUGGAUGAGAACUGCAUGGAUGGUGGGACUUCUUGGCAGAGAUGCCGUUUACUUUUACGAAAAUCUGGGACUUUGGAGAGUGAUGAGUACCUUCUGGAGUUGUUUGAUCCUCCAAAGUGCUCUAGAACAAAGCUAAAGUUUUCGUGCUGCAGUAUCCAGGAGAUCAGGAGAUGCAGUCGCCUAGAAAUGCCUGACAAUGUCAACACCUUUGUGCUCAAGGCAAAUGCAACUGAAGUCAUUUUUGAAGCAGGGGAUGACCAGCAGUUGAAUUCUUGGAUAGCUGAAAUAAAAGAAUGCAUAAAUCACUGGUCGGCGGAGACUGAAGUAGAGACACUGCUGCCCUCUCAUUCAGACACAACCAACCAGAGUCCCAGCAGUGGCAGUACUGACUCCAUUAUACAAGGAGCUUCUGUCUUUGUGCCACCAGAACAAUGUUGCCACAAAACUGACCAUUUUCUGGCUUCCUCGCCCUGGUUCCACGGGCCCAUCUCACGGGUCAAAGCUGCUCAGCUUGUCCAGUCCCAGGGAGUUGAUGGGCACGGCAUCUUCCUUGUAAGACAGAGUGAAACAAGAAGAGGGGAAUACGUUCUCACAUUUAAUUUUCAAGGAAGGGCAAAGCACUUGCGCCUAACGCUUACAGAGAGGGGUCAGUGUCACGUGCAGCACCUCCGUUUUCGGUCUGUGUUGGAAAUGCUUCAGUACUUCCGAUUACAGCCAAUUCCCCUGGAGUGUGGAGCAGCGUGUGACGUGAAGUUGUCUGGUUACGUGGUAGCAGGUGUUCAGCCACAUGAGCUGGGCACAUCCGUCUGUACUUCAUUACUGUUCCCUUUGGCCAUUCAGCAGUCCAGUUCAGAGCACAGUGUCUCCCAGUUCCCCUCCCCGAGUCCUCCGAGACAUCAGUAUACAGAGGAUUUCCACCACUUUUCUUUCCCAGAGCAGAUCUUCCACCGCGUGCCACCGCCUGAGGAACUGAACCGAAGUUUUUUGAGGAGUGAGGCUAGCGGGGCACAAUCUAGCUCUCAAAGAGAGUCGGACUAUGAGCUGGAUUCUCCAUCCCGGAGCCGCAUACGAGCAAUAGACAAUCCUUACACUCCCUUAUGACAGCGGGGCUUUGUUGGUGGAGUAUGGAGCCGGCGCAUUCCCAAAAAACAGAUCACCAGAGUCUAUUUGUUGAUCAAACCAAGAAUGUAACAUUUUUUAAAAUUUUUUCAUGGGUUAAAUUGUAAGCCCUCAUUGGGUGUUAUUCAUUAGGCCUGUUAAAGGGCCCGGCUUUCUGCUGCCUGUGCUGGCUUGCGCUGGCCUCUGACGCAGUGAAAGGUUAGUUUUAAUAAGCUUUUUGUUUACAAGGUGUAGUCCUAUCUUCCAUGCUCAGAAGGUACCUGAGAAGUGUAUCCUGGGGUGCUUGCUAGCACCUCCUUGUUAUGCAGAGCAUCGUGCAGUAAUGUAGGUGUCACAGUUUGAGCACACAGAACAUUUUUAUCUUGCCCUCUAAGUCUAAGAUAUUGUAUUUUUCUAAUUGGAAAUUGUAAAGCACCAGUGUUUGCAAUAUGCAUUCAUUUAAUUUGUCAUUCUCUGCAGAGCUUUCUGUCACCCUCCCAAGUGCCUUGUAAUCCAGCAUUACAAUCUAAAAAGACUGACAUUCAAACCCAACAUGGCCGUAAAGGACUACUUAUUGAUUUUUAAAAAAAUGAUUUGAUAGUUAUAACCAAGUUACCUCUAGGUUUCUAUAUAAAAAUAUGCUCCUUU